AGUCAGACCUACAGUACAAUGGGCCUGCAGAAUGGAGUACGAUAUUGAUUUCUACAAACAUUUUGCCUGGCUCAGAAAGGUAAACCUCCACUCAAAUGCUAACAGCGAGUCCUACCAGGAGCGAUUAUCACGUCUGGAGGGAGACAAAGAGUCACUAAUUCUGCAGGUGAGUGUGCUGACAGACCAGGUGGAAGCUCAGGGGGUGAAGAUCAGCGACUUGCAGACUUCUUUGGUGGAGCAUCAGCACAAACUCGACUCCACAGAGGAGAUGCUACAGCAGGAGCUCCUGCACAGAACGUCACUGGAGAGCCAGAAGCUGAGUCUUAUGGGGGAGGUGUCCUACCUGAAACUAAAGCUGGCAGACAUGGAGGGAAAACAGGGCCAUGGGGCUGAAAGGCAGCACAAAGCAGAGACUGUAGUGAAUUUCAUUAGUGAGCUGCAGGAGCAGAUGUGUCAGUUUCAGAAGGAGAUCAAUAGCAAGAUCCAGGAGAAAAAGGCCUUGGAGAUCCCGGCUGACAGCAGGUCUCCUACGGCUUGCCCCGCUGAGUCCGCUGAGGGCCAGGCCUCAAACCCGGGGGUGUCCUCAGGGGCGAUGCACAAACUAGAAGAGGCUCCAGAUGGGAACACACACAGCCCCAAAGAGGGUAGCUCAGACGCAGAGCAGCAGUACCACUGUGGAGGAGAAAGCGGCCUGCUCAAGGAACUCAGGAUUCUCAAGGACAAAGUGGAGCACCUGGAGGAUCAGAAGCUACAGUACGAGAAGAAACUCAAAGCGACAAAGGCAGAGAUCAGCAGCCUUCAGCAGCUUCUGCUCAGUAAGAACGCUGAGAUUGAGAGCUUACACAAUCAGCUGCUAGCCAGACCCUCUCUAACCAGCGAGAGCACAGAGAGAGAGGAGAUGUACAGGAAGAGGCUAAACACCAAAUAUCAAGAACUACAGAGGCUUAGGAGUGGAAUGAAAUCACUGGUAGCAGCCAAUGAUGAAAAGGACCGACGCAUCGAGGAGCUCACUCUGCUCCUGAAUCAGUGCAGACAGUUUCGAGAGGUCGCUCACAUCACAAGGCAAGCUCCAUCUACUGUUCGUUCAUUGUCAAAUGGGAGGACGAUGUCGAGCAGCAGCGAGGAAGAAGAGCACGCGCUGAUGAGGAACGCUGACAGUGCCAGCGCGAAAUCUGAGGACGUGAAGUCCGAAGUUUCGACCAGCAGCUCCUCCUCCCAACAAACGUCUCUUUUAUCGGUGUCAAAAGAGAGCGAUUCGAGAACAGAAGCACAGACUUUAUCGAGCAGCAUGAACGACUUACCAAAUGGACACUCACACAAGGCUGCUUCGGGUGACACCAGAAGUCAGACGCUGCCCGUGAAUUCCUCUCUGUCAGAACAAAACGGAAUCGAAGACAGCAGCCCUGAAAUCCAGAGUCAAAGGUCCCCAGACGGGAGCGAAGACGGAGACUCCAGCCAAAGAAAGCCGGAGAAGGCCGACGACAGCACUUCCAGUGAUAAUUCUCCGGUUCAUUCUGGGGCGAACACGCAGCCCGGCCAGCGGGCGGUGGGCUCACCGGAAUACAUGAAGAACAACAGGAGCUUCAAGAGGCUCUGGGGGAAACUUCGGAGAACCCAGUCUGGAGGCUUCAACGCAGCAGAUCCAGAUGUGGGUCAGUUCAGAAGAGGUGGACUGCGAGCAACAGCUGGACCCAGACUGACCAGGACCCCUGAAUCCUACGACUCUGCUCGUGAUCUGAAUAUUCCGUUCAGCCAGUGGACCAAGGAGCAGGUGUGCAGCUGGCUGGAGGACUAUGGACUGGGUCACUACGUCAGCCUCAGCAGACAGUGGGUUGAAAACGGUCAGACGCUUUUGUCCGCCUCUCCUCAGGAUUAUGAGAAGGAGAUGGGAAUGAAGAAUCCACUGCACAGGAAGAAGCUGCAGCUCGCUCUGAGAGCAUUCACCACUAAAGCUGUAGAGAAAUCAGCAGAGCUAGACCACAUCUGGGUCACACGCUGGUUGGAUGACAUCGGUUUGCCUCAGUAUAAAGACCAGUUCCACGAAGCUCGAGUCGACGGCCGGAUGAUACAAUAUCUCACAGUGAAUGAUCUCUUGACUCUAAAGGUUACCAGCCAGCUCCAUCAUCUCAGUAUUAAAUGUGCUAUUCACGUCCUUCAUGUCAAUAAGUUCAACCCACACUGUCUUCGACGCAGGCCAGGGGAGGAGAAGCAGCCGUCUCCCUCAGAGGUGGUGCAGUGGUCGAACCACCGUGUGAUGGAGUGGCUGAGGGCCGUGGAUCUAGCUGAGUAUGCUCCUAAUCUACGGGGCAGCGGUGUUCACGGUGGGCUCAUUAUCCUGGAGCCUCGUUUCAGCUCAGAAACUCUGGCGCUGCUCUUAAAUAUUCCUCCACAGAAGACUCUGCUCCGCCGCCACCUCGCCACCGCCUUCUCCGCCCUGAUCGGGCCUCAGGCCACGCAAGAGAAGCGAGAGUACGGCAACGCCACGGGCCACGUGCCCCUCACUACCACCGCUAAAGUAAAGCCAAAGAAGCUCGGCUUCACCCAGUUUAGUCACCUGAGGAAGAGGAAACCUGAUGAAUCUGCGGAUUACAUCUGCCCCAUAGACAGCGCGGCGCUAACAGUGAACGGCGUUUCUCGCUUGUCCUCUUCAGCACAUCGAGGCCUCAGCCCCAGUUUGGACAGACCGGCUGACAGAUGGGAACACGUGGGGACAAAAGCUCAAACCAAUGGCCCCAAACAAUAAUUUAAUAAAUAAGAGGGUAGCUCCGCCCUCUCCGCCACACUCCUCUCUCUCUCACUGAGUGACUUUAUAAAUCAGUGGAAAUUCUAAUGCAGAUAUUUACCCAAGAUGCACCCGUGAGGUGAUUUGCUGGAUGGGCUGCGAAGACGCUGUAUUUAGCAGGCAGUUGAUUUAGCAGUUGAUUGCUGGUAAUGUAUUUUUAAUCAGGUGUUGCUUAAACAGUAUUCAUCUUUAACUGGUGAUGAUUGGUGACGUUGUUUGAAUUGUUCAUGAAAGCUGCUCUCUGCAUUCCUUAUACAGUUGGAUUCCAAAGCUUAUACUCUUGCUUUAAAGCGAUGCAUUUUUCUGACCAUUUUGUACGUAAACUUCUGUAGAUUUCUGUUAGAAUAUCGACGACCUUUUUCUUGUUGUAUAUCUGGAUUGUCUGCACAGCAUCAUAACUGACAGCAGCUACCUUAAGAAUGGAUGUGUCUCAUUUAUUUUCUGUAUGACUGACUGGAAAGAAAAAAUUCUGAAAUUAAAUCAUUUUUGAUUCUUGGCA